AUGGUACGAUUAAGCGUUGAUCAAAUGAGCCGGUACGUCAGUCCAGUGAACCCAUCGGCAUAUCCAACACUCAGUAUCGUCUUACUAGGUAUUGGAUUAUUUUUAAUGUCAUGGUUUUUCGUCUAUGAAGUCACAAGUACAAAAUACACUCGGGAUUGGAAAAAAGAACUUAUCAUUGCACUCGUCGCAUCGGUUUUUCUUGGCUACGGUGGUUUAUUUCUCUUGCUCUGGGUUGGAAUCUUUGUUUGA